AUUCAAAAAUUGUCUGCAACUUCGGGGUCAUUUUGUCGAUCUCAUGAUUGCCAACUUAAUAAAAAAAAAGUUUGUGUAAAUAAGAAUAAUAAAUUUACAAGUAUUUAUCUAUACUCGAAAAAAUAAUAAAUCAUAUUGGAAUUAACUAUUUGAUAAUAUUAUUUAUUGAUAAGAUUUUGAUACUGAUAACAUCAGAAUGAGUUACGGAAAAGAUGAAACCAAUGGUUUAAAAAAAAAUCUAGAAGAUCAAUUAGAGCGAUUGGUGCAGCAGUUAGAAGAUUUAGAAGAAUGCCGAGAAGAUUUGGAGUUAUCAGAGUAUGAAGAAACUAAAAACGAUACUAUUGAGCAGUUGAAAGAACUAAAUGAUAGUCUUAGAAGAAUAAUAUCCGGAGAUAUAACUCUAGUUGAUGAGUUGGGGGCGAUGCAAUUGGCUACUCAGGCGGCAAUUAGCGCAGCUUUUAAAACACCAGCUGUAAUAAGGAUGUUUGGUAAAAAAGAGCCAAAGCAACUGAGAGAGCGACUGUCAUUAAUUGAACGUGACGCUAAACUUGGGAAAUUGAGUAAAGAAGCCAGUGACAGACAGAGAGUUGAAGUAUUGACGGCGUUGAAGCACUUGGGUGAAACGUUAAGUCAAUCUGAGUUGGAAUUAAUACAGAGACUUACACUCGAUAAUAUUGACACGACAGAUUUUGUUCAAGUUUCUGAUUACGCUGAAAAAAGUCAAGUAGCUCGGGCUAUCGUUAGUCAAGAAGUUGAAGAUAAUAAAAAAAAUUAAAUAUCAUUCAUUUGUUUAUU